CCGAUACCUUCUAUCAUACAUUGAAGACGGAUUAGCACCGUCGACCACGAAAAAAGAACGCAAGGAAAUCGUGCAAAAUGUUCAAAAAAUUCGAAGAGAAGGACAGCAUUUCCAGCAUUCAGCAGCUGAAGUCGUCUGUGCAGAAGGGCAUACGUGCCAAGUUGCUGGAGGCCUAUCCCAAGUUGGAGAGUCACAUCGACCUGAUCCUGCCCAAGAAGGACUCGUACCGCAUCGCCAAGUGCCAUGACCACAUCGAACUGCUGCUAAACGGAGCCGGCGACCAGGUGUUCUUUCGCCACCGCGAUGGCCCCUGGAUGCCUACCCUGCGCCUCCUGCACAAGUUCCCCUACUUCGUGACCAUGCAGCAAGUGGACAAAGGCGCCAUCCGCUUCGUCCUGAGCGGAGCGAACGUCAUGUGUCCCGGCCUCACAUCGCCAGGCGCCUGUAUGACGCCGGCCGACAAGGACACCGUGGUGGCCAUCAUGGCUGAGGGCAAGGAGCACGCCCUGGCCGUUGGACUCCUCACGUUAUCCACACAGGAAAUUCUGGCGAAGAACAAAGGCAUCGGUAUCGAGACGUACCACUUCCUCAACGACGGCCUGUGGAAGUCGAAGCCCGUGAAGUAGGCGAAAUAGGAAUCUGCACUUGCACUUUUUAGUCUUCUAUGUCAUGAGAGCAAAGAAUGGUUUUUGAUAUACGCAACUGAGUCCUGAUUAUUAUUUUUUUCUACUAAUUUUACUCUGUCAGUUAAACUAUUUAAAACAUUGCGAAAUAUAAUUAAUGGCAUUUCAAGCGAGCAGAGAGGGAUUGAAAGAGAGAGUACUGAAAAAGAAAACCAACCACCUGUGGAGACCAGUGGUCCAGGUGAAAGGUGUCCAGUGGAUCUAAAUUUGAGCAUUUUAAUCGGAUUCGGCAGGUAUGACUGAACAUUGAGUCUUCUGUUUGGCGGUCUUCAUUCUGUUAGCUCUUAUUUUAAGAGUGACUGAAUAACUGUGACUCCUUUUGUUUAUUGAUUAGUCUAAAGAGCAACGAAACAAGGCCUGUAGCUUAAAGUUUGCCAGGGCUGCGAACAACUCAUACAAACAUUUCAAGGUUAUAGUUGAUAUCCGGGCACUUGUGAAUACACGAAAAGAUUGUAUACAAAAAAGAGCUUAUAACUAAAUGUACACAAUUUAUUAUUUGUAAUAUUAUAAUUUUUAGUAGUUUUACUUCAAAAUUAUUGAAAUAAAGCUUCGCAAUACGUGG